AUGGCUACCCCUAGUGUCCUCGCUUUUGACGCUAAGGGUCGGGCCAUUGACUUUGACGUCUGGAUAGAUGACCUGCAGCUUUUCUUACAGUGCGAUAGGGCAGACGGUCUCUCUCUCUUUGACCUCACCUCUGGUGCCUCUCCUGCCCCUGCUGCUGAUGCUGACGCCACUGUUUGCUCACAGUGGGCCACACGCGAUGCUGCUGCCCGUCUUGCUGUGCGUCGCCACCUGCCUACCUCUGAGCGUGCGCACUUUAGUCAGUACAAGAGUGCUCAGACCUUGGACCACUUCCUCUCAGUCUAUCCCACCACUCUCACCGUUGACCUCCUCGAGAAGGCCCUCCUAGUAGCGGAGAAGAGCAUAGUCGCUAUAGGAGCCUCUCGUGGUGACCCCCGCACCCCGUCUUUGAGGGGUGUUCUCCCUCCCCCCUCUUGCCCUCUGUUGCUUCUGCUGCUGCGGCCGACCUUGUUGGUUUUGAGUCGGUCGGCGCUGCGUCUGCCCCUUCGGGGAAGCGCCGCACAGGCAAGAGCAAGAGGGGCAAGGGCGCUGGAGGAGCUGGUGGGGGCGGUGGAGGUGGCGGUGGAGCCGUCGGAGGGGGUGGGGGUGGGAGUGGGGGUGGUCGAGGGGGUGGAGGUGCCGGUGGCAGCAGUGGAAGCGGAUGCGGCGGCGGUGGUGGCGGAGGGAGCGGAGGCGGCAGUGGUGGCGGAGGCGGCGGAGGUGGCGGAGCCAGCGGAGGUGGCGGUGGAGCUGGUCGCAGUUCUGCGCAGAGGAGUGGCUCCGGUGCGGGGUGGGGGUACUGGUUCGUGCACCUACGUCCUGCGCACCGGCGACCGUGCGGGUGAGCAGUGUGGGGGUGCGCACCCCACCCAGCGCUGCUUUGGCCGCCUGACGGACGCGUGGCGUCACCAGUUCCCUGAGGCCACAGAGAUCCCUCGCAAGGGCGAGAUGUCUAGGGCGGGGGUAGCUAUCUUUGACCUUGACUUUGAUGCUAUUCGUCUGCCAUGUACUGGUGAGGCUGCUGCUCUAGGUGCUUGCGAGGCUGCUGCUCUAGGUGCUAGUGCGUCUGCGUUCUCAGAUGCUGGUGAGUCUGCUCUCUCAGGUACUGCGUCGGCUUCGGCCUCCCUCACCUUCACCCUUGACUUUGGGGCUUCUCGCUCCUUCUUUCGAGACCGCACCUCACUCACGCCGCUUGGUCGACCGGUUGCAGUGUCUCUGGCUGACCCCUCUGGGGGUCCUGUCCUUGCUCACUUCUCCACAGUCCUCCCGUGUCCGGCGGCUCCCUCUGGCAUCCUGUCUGGUCUUUACCUCCCCUCGUUCUCUACGAACUUGGUGAGUGGUGCUGACCUACAGGAUGGGGGGGUGCACCAGGUCACUCCUGCGAGUCAGCGGGUGACACACUGCACUGAGGCUCGGACAGGCCGACACUUGGCCACGUUUACACGUCAGCCGGGGUCGAGCCUGUACACACUGAUUACUGAGUCUCCUCCAGUCACUGCGUCUGGGCGGGUAGCUGCGUCUGGUCAGGUGUUUGCUGCAGCGUCCAGGUCUGGUCUUGAGUCUGCCCCCUGUUCGUUUCGUCUCCUGUCUCACGAGACUCUCCUCUGGCACCACCGCCUUGGUCACCCCUCUCUGCUUCGUCUCAGAGGCAUGGCCUCCCGUUUCCUUGUUCCUGGUCUUCCCCGGUCCCUCCCUCCCCUUCCUCCUGGGCCUGGCCCUACCUAUGUCCCCUGUGUCGAGGGGCGGCAGCGGGCUGCCCCUCACUCCUCCCAGUUUCCUCCGACAGAGGCCCUGCUGCAGACGCUUCACAUGGACGUGUGGGGCCCAGCCCGCGUCCGUGGACAGGGUCACGAGCGCUACUUCCUGCUGGUGGUUGACGACUACUCGCGUUACACCACAGUCUUCCCCUUGCGCAGCAAGGGUGAUGUCACUGAGGCGGAGAGUUCUCCUCUGGCCUUCUGCAAGCCUACUGUCGUGCACGAAGCAUCCGUCAGACCUUCACGCUUCCGCACUCUCCACAGCUAA